UACGGUACUAGGAAUAUGCAUUGCAUCAAGCUUGCCGGAAAGCAACUCCAUCACCAAAUUAAAACCAUCUGGCAAUUUACAGAACAAAUCAAACGUAUCAGUUUGGAAAAGGUCUCGUAAGUUGGGUGAGCUGGUUUAUAUUUCGGCGUUCACCGCGUCUCUGGCGUGGUGUCGACGCAUCUUCCUGCGAUGGAACAAAGUUUCCUGUGAAGCUCAGCAAGUUUGACUUGUGGGUUGUUUCCGACAGAUCGAUGACGACCUGAGACGUCGUCCAACUAAUUGUUAGAUUGCUUGAUUUCAUCAUGCAUUCACACACGCUCCGAUUGAUGUGGGUACCGCACGUGUUGGACAUGUAUUCUUGCCAUAAAACCUCAUCAAAUAUCCUGGGGGUUAGAUUAUUUUUUGAAAAAAAUAUGUAGACUUCUUGCGUGUUAGAGUAAGAGACUUGGAGAUCUUGCAGCCUAUAUCGUACAAAAGGACGAUAUCUUGGGGUGGAAGGUCCUUGUCGCGUCAGUGUUUCAGUGCUGGCAGUUUUCAAGGCUGCAGAAAGACCUAUUCAAUCCAAAUCUAACAGAUUCGGAGCGCCUGUAAACAUCGACAAAAACGUGUAGUGUAGAAGUCCAUGUUUCUCUCCGACGAAGUCGGGUGGGCAGACGAGGUCUUAGUGCAAUUUUAUCUUUUUGGAUCCAGUUUUGCAACAGGGUUUCGAACUGCAUAUUAUCAGUUGGUUUUCAAGUGAAUUGCGCUUAGCUCCAACGGACGUGUUCCACGGUCAGCAAGGCAGAAAUGGCGUCAGGGGAUGCGCCUAAAGCCACAGUACCUACUGUAGAUGAGAAUGGAUUCAAUGGAGAUGUUAAUCCUGGAGGUGCUGAGGAGGAACCACCGCAAGGUGUGAGCCAACGAAAAAGCUUAUGGUCUAGAGACGGUGGAAUUCAAGUUGUAGUUAGCAAGAUGAAUAGAGAUUUGGCAGAGCUACGUAGCCCUUCAACCGAGAGAGAUGGACCUGGCGAAGAAUUUGUACAACAAGGGUUGGAUGAUGCGAACCAGCCAGAAGGCACUGAACCGUCUCAUGGUUUCUAUCACCGAGGUGUUGCAGUGCGGAUGGUGAAUGACUACUUAAAGGAUCUCAUAGAACUGAUGAAUGGAAAUACUGGAGGUAGCUCAAAGAUUAGGCAACAACCCUCUGAAAUGGUGAAGGGAAAGGUGGAGCAGUAUUCUAAGGCCUUGAGAGAUAUGGAAGAGGCCAACGCUAGACAACGCAAUGGCCGACUCACGCAGGAAGAGUGCGCUGUCUUGGUGAAUAUGCUGGAAGAUUAUCUUCGUAUUAUCGUGGAGGUUGCGGAAGUGAACGGACAACCGGUAGAAGAUUGGAAAGAUGAACUUGUUGAUAUACAGGCCCAACUUGACAUGGUUGAUAUCGAGAUCCCAUUAGACUUCUCGGAAGUAAGGCAUCACGACCUGACAGAGUCACUAUCUGCGUCGCUGGAUGAAUGUGAGGCACAAGUGUUGCAGUUUUCCUCUCGCCGUUCCCCCGGCGUUGAAGUAUUCAAACUUGAGCGGGAUAAUCUUGUGAAGACACUGUCACUCUUAUUCAACGAUCGACUGCCCUAUUAUAAUGAAACUAUUGAACUAGUCCGGGACUUGGAGGUUAUGGAUCGACCAAGCAGCCCGAGAGAAAGCAUUUUCAAGGGCGUAGGCUUCUGCAUUGAAGCACUCACCGAAUUAGCGCGCAAUUUCCAAGCGGUGGAGGAGCUCCUCACCUCAUGCAGCAAGGAGGAUUGGUUGACGACUGUAUUCGAGAUCUCCAAUGCUCUGCCGCAACCCAGCAUCUUCAGAUGGUCUCGAUUCUCCCUCGCAAUUCGAGCUUGUGAAUGGAGCAUGGACAUCGUCGACCUUGCCUUUUACGCACUGCACCUGCUUCUUCGCGGGUUUUCCACAUUGGUUGGUGUCACUUUCAAGUGGUCUGAGGAGAGAUGGAGGUGGAUGCUUAUGGUUAAUGCACGAGCCGGAAGGACGGAGUGGGAAUUCACCAGAAUCAUUGUGUCAAGUCAUGAGGGAGCUGGAAGCCGAGGAUGUUGCUGUUCUCAUCGAGAAGCUUGUUCAGCUAUCGGAAACAUCUCAGAAAAUUUUUUCCACCACAGACGCCAACAACCACACCAUUGCAAAUUUCUUGAGCCAGAAGUUACAUGGUCCUAUACCACAAGCAAACUCUUUACCCUACACAUUCAGGAUAGAAGCCUCCAGUUGGCACUACGUUGAAUUCAUAGCUUCGGGUGCUUCAGGCAUGGUAGCCAAGUUCAAGUUAUGGGGGAAGGAGGUGUGCGUAAAAACCAUCAAAUCACCAGGGUUGAGCAGGAAACAAUUUGAGAAAGAAGCCGCAAUCCUUGCUACGGUU